CUUGUGUGUGUUUUGAAAUUCUGCAGGUAGCUAUUGAGCUUUAUCUUAUCAUACCGAUAUUUGACAUUUAGCGAUAACUAUAACAUGUACGUUAGCUGAAGUAUUCGUAUUUUGUGGACAACAACCAGGCAGAAGACUCACCAGACGAUGUUUACGUUUCAAUAGGGAUUGCAAGGUGUCUAGUUCUAGUACUAGCAUAACAAAUGGUUAGCAACAACAGCACAUAGCUGUCGAAAGUGUGGUUGUUUAUUGUUUUAAUUCAUGGAUAAGUACAGCAGUGUAGAUAACACCAUGUGUGUAAGGACGUGACACCCAAACUCUGGGGUUGUUCAUGGGUUGCCAGUAGAUUACGAUACUACUCAAAUGAAGAAACCAUAUAUGACAAGUCGUAAUGAUGGUUCUCGUUAGAACAGCUUGGUACGUGAUGAGUACAUAAUCUUGAUGGUUAGCGUAAAUGGCAUUCAAUUAAGUUGCCAAAUGAAAGCCCCGUGAAAUGUUAGCAAAGGAGGUCUCUUUUCGAGUCGAGUUCAUGUGUAUCCCAGUACCCCUACUUCGCCGACAAUUCCGCGGUGGUAGGCAGCAAAAGCAUGGACGACUCGGACUUGGACUUUACGGACCUGUGCUCUCGGCUGCUCAAGAGAAAGGUCAGGAAGAAAGCCGGUGAGCAGCACGAACAGGGAAGAGAUGGAGAUGCCCAGUCUAAAGCAAGCGUCGCGGGCCCUUCUUGCCCAAAGCAGACCAAGAAGACAACGAGCCAGCCAAAGAAAAGGACUAAGAAAGAUGGUUCAUCAGAACGCGUUGUGGUCGGGAAGACAAGCACGGAGCCUCGGACAGCGGUGCAGGUGCGAGCGAAUAUACCAACAGAGAAUGGAACAGAGGUGCAGCCACAGACGUCAACCCAGACAAGUGAGCCAGGAAGCGUCAAGGAGACUGUGUUGAGACGGAUGCAGAAGUUCAGACGGGUGGACCCUCAAAAGAUCCAGCAUGCUGACAGUAACAGCAUCACCACCACAUCCACAGAACCAGAAUGUCCUCCACCACCACCCCCUCCUCCAGCCCAAAACAAUAAAGAGCUGUCUCUGGACGAGCGGCUGGCUCUGCGUCUGCAGCAGGAGCUAGACAGGGAGUAUGAGGAGGAGGCGCGAGCUCGGGCGGCGGCCCAGGGGAGCACCGGGGGAGGUGGGGGAGGAGGAGGAGGAGGAGGAGGAGAAGGAGGGGUGGUGGUGGAUUUGGACCAGGGGGGGCUCUUCUUCUGCCAGCUCUGUUUCAGGGACCUGUCGGCCAUGACGCACCAGCUCCGCACCCAACACAUCAACCGGUGUCUGGAUCAGAGCGAGUGCCAGGCAGCUCCGGCUCCAGCGCCGGCUCCGGCUCGCCCCUCCGUGCCCGAGUGCCCCAUCUGUGGGAAGGGGUUCAAGUCCCACAAGAGCCGCUCGGCCCACCUGAAGAAGUGCUCGGCCGACAUGGGCGUGCCCCCGGCGGUCCUCCUCCAGGCCAUCCAGAGACAGGCCAGCGAAGCCGUCGUGACUGCUGAAGGCGCCACUGAACAAUCGAACCCAGCUGGUGGUGGUGGUGGUCCAAAGAGGAGGAACCCCUCAGACCCCACCCAGCCCGCCAGGAAGAGGGCCAAGAAGAAGCCCACGGCCCCUCUGGACGAGGACACCAUGGUGGCCCUGGCUCUCUCCCGCUCCCUGCUGGACCAGGGGACGGGGGACGCGGCGACGGGAGAAGAGCGGGUCGCCACCACAGCUGCCAUGCAAGUCAUGGAGGUCAAAGGAGCUGAAGCGCCCCAGUCGUCGGUUGGUGCAAAGCUACAGUGGGUCCCAGCAGCACCAGCAGGUAAUAAAGGAAAGAGGAGGAAGAAAGGCACCCCGGCCGGCCCUCCCCCUCUCCUCCUCCGCCAAGACCCAGAGGAGGCCCUGAGGCGCCUGCAGGAGCGCGUCUCCCUCCUGCUCCUGCGCUCCCGCACCCCCUCGCCUCCUCCCACCCCCACGCUGGCCCCCAGCACCCUCUCCUGCGGGGCAGUGGGAAAGCAGCAGCAGCAGCAGCAGCAGCAGAAGGAGGAGGAGGAGGAGGGGGGUGCUGGAGGAGGAGAUGGUUCGAACCAGGUCACGACUUUUGCUGCUUCUGCUGCUCCACUGUGGUACAAGACUGCCCUGCCUGCCGGUUAUGGGCAUGAUGUUAUGGAGUUUUACACGCCAGAGCUGAAUGCCUACAUUCAACCCUACGUUAGCCCACAGAGUGAUCUACCUCCAGCCGUAACACCUCAUCUGAUGAGGUCUCGGGCCACCCCGUCUUCUUCUCAGGAGCUCCGUGCUGCUGCCAGCCCCUCUCAGCCCCAGUCCCAGCCCCAGCCCCAGCCCAUGUCCCACUCCCCCACCCCUUCUCCUGGUGCUCCAGCUGCUGCUGGCGGCACCCCUACUCCCCUGCUGGCCAGCCAGGCGGUGCAGGACCUGCUGGAGCUGGGGGAGAGGGGCCUGAACCUGGCCGGAGACACACACCACGGUACACCUCAUGCUGCGUCACCCAGCCAGACAAGUGGAUUUGCCAAUCCAGACGCCAAUACCCAUGCUAAGCCUACCAAUAUGUCGAGUCUGAGCAGACUGUCGUCCGACCUGAGCUCCAUGGUGAAUAACCCCCAGCUAAGUGAUGUCCAGCUGCAGGUGGACAGUGGAGAGGUCCUCUUCGCCCACUCCUUCAUGCUCUAUGCACGCUGCCCUCUGCUGGCCGAACAGGUGCAUGCCAGUGGGUUCGGCGUGUGCGAGGAGGAGGGCAUGCCGGCUGCCCAGAGGGUGCUGCUGGGUGAAGUGCCAGCCCAGGCCGUGGUGCUGCUGCUCCAACAUCUCUACGCCGCCCGCUGCCCCCUCACGCCCAGCCUGGCACACCACGUACACGAGCUGGCUAACAGGUUUGACGUGCCAGAGCUGAUGCAGGAGUGUGAACUAUACCUGCAUGGGCUGGAGAGAGAGGCAGGAGGAGGGGGCGUUUCUUGGGUCGAUGAUGACACUGCCCUGGCACCGGAGGAGCCUGUAGAAGGGGCCGAAGAACAACGAGACGACACCCAAGCUCAUCAGAACUUCCUGGAGCUCCUACGCUCCAUGUGGAGCUCAGACAACGAGGAAGAGGAGGACGGGGAUGAAGAGAAGCAGCGAGGAGGGGGAAGGGUUGAGGGGUUGGAGGGGACGGGGAACGAGGGAGGAGAGGAGAACGGUGGAGGAGAGGAGGAGGAGGAGGAUGAGGAGGAGAGGGUGGAUGAGGAUGAGCUGGAUGAGAUCUACGAGUUUGCGGCGACGCAGAGGAGAGGGGGAGAGUCUGGGUUCAGGCCUGACGCGGAGAGCCUGGAAGAGGAAGAAGAUGACGAAGAACAGGAGGAGGAGGAGGAGGAGGAGGAGGAAUUGGUGAGGGUUUCAGAGGAAGAUGGAAUGAUAUAUGUUGGAGUGGAGGAAGAAAAAAGCAGUGAGGGACGAAGGGUGUGUGAGAUGGAGAGAGGCACGGCCCCAGUUGGUGAACCAGCACAGGAAACCAUCGCCACUGCAACGAGUGAGCAUCUCGCUAAUAGUCCCCCACCAGACAAGUUUAGUUCUCGUCACGCAGACGGCUUCAAUCCUGUGGAGACCCAUGGGUGUACACCAGAGCAGGACAAGAUGGAGGUUGAGCAGCCUCAAGAGCCCAUGCCAACACCCACAGGCGCCAACAUGGACGACAGCUUCGACCACCUCUUCUCUCAGUCGUGGGGGGAGUACGGCGAACCGUCUCCCACCCCAGCAGCAGUCCCAGUCCAAGCCCCAGCAUCCCCUACACAGCGUAGCCGGAUUCCGUCCCGACCCGAGUCGGUGAUUGGGGUCAUUGACCUGUCCAUCAGCCCUACCCCACCCUUCUGUGACACCUCACUUCCUGUGGCUGGCCUGUCCCCUGAAAAGACUAUUUCACGUGGCCGGCAGAUACUCGGGAUUUCCUCCUCCACAGAGAUGAAUAAACCGCCUCCGAGUCAAAGGCUUAGGAUGUCUCCGGAAUUUAGUGCUACUUCACGUGGAAGUCAAAAACACUCCUCUUCAGAUGCCAGUCAAAACCGCUCCAAGUCUCCGGAGUUGAGUGUCUCGCAAAGGAGUCAAAGCCAAAGGACAUCUGCUGAGUUAGCAGAUGCACAUCAUCAGAGUCAAAGCCGUAGGGUGUCUACAGACUUAAACAUGCAGAGUCAAAGCCGUAGGGUGUGUACAGACUUAAACAUGCAGAGUCAAAGCCAAAGGACAUCUGCUGAGUUGGCAGAUGCACAUCAUCAGAGUCAAAGCCGUAGGAUGUCUACGGAGUUAAACAGGCAGAGUCAAAGCCAUAGCAAUUUCACGUCCCCAGAGUUCCCAAUCGUACAUCAAACUCAAAGGCCUGUGUUGUCUCUAAGGCUAAGGACGUCACAAGAACUCAGUGCCUUGUCUCAGCAGUCCAAUAGCCAAGGUCAUCAGCCCAACAUCGGAAGCCAAAGCCAGAGCUCCAAAGAAGUGGAGCUGAUCGUGCUGUCCGACUCCAGCAACGAGUCUCCGACAUGUUUGACUCCUUCUCCCCCACCACCACCACCAGAAGACAUGCCCAUCAUGUCCCCACUUGCUCUCCCUCUUGAGGGGGACUCUCCGGUCUAUACCUCCAUAAAGGACCGGGCACCGCCACCAAGCAAGGACAUCCUCUCCUCCAGCAGAACAUCGCAGCCUAAUAGCGAAGAUCCACGCCAUGGCCAACCAGCAGCAUCAGGCAGCGCCGUUAAGGCCAGUAUGUCUGACCUACCACCGGUGUCUGAGGCUGGGACUGAUGUCCACGAUCCUUCCCAUCAGGACCAGAGCCUGUUGGAUGGGUCGGCGGAGUUGUCCUGGCUGGUCCCGGCAACCCCGUACAUCUCCCACAACAGCAACAGGUCCCGCAGCAGCUCCACUCAGACAGAGAGCAGCAUGCGUCGCACACGCCUCUUCCAAGGGAUGGCGGAAUCAUCAUCACAGUCAUCAUCAUCAUCGUCAUCAUCAGCAGGAGCAGCAGCAGCAACAGACAAUGUUGAAGCUCCUUUAGGUUCCAAUAGCAUCAACUGCAAGGAAGAGCCUGAUACAGAGCACAUGCUGCCCAAUAAAAACCCUACUACCUCACAAAGCACUCUGGCUAAGUUUGACCACUCCAGACAGAGCAUUGUCAUCACUGGGGACGAGUCUCCAGUAUUUCUACCCCCCACAGCCCUCCCUAGUAGAAGGCGCCUUGGCUCAGCUAUUGACAUCACCCCUAGCGAUUCACUCCGAUGUUCCUCCGUGGAUUCACUUCAGGGCUCCUCCAAGCGGUUCCCGCAACCUCAGGUCAGCAGUACCCCUCUGCACUCCUUUAUGGGCUCUCCGGUCCUGUCCGACUCCUCGUUCUGCUCGAGGCGAGGGGAGAAGAACUGCCGUCGUGGGCAAGAGUUCUCCUCGAUGCAAGCGGAGGACAAGAAGAACCAGCGUCGGCAUGGGCAAGAUGUUGGGACUGCACCGAUAGUGGGAGGAGGUGGUUUGGAGUGGAGAGAUGACAACUCCCUGGAGAUGUCACAUCUUCAUCAUGACGUCACCUCACCCAGUCCUCCGAAGGACUCCAGGCAAAGGGGCAAAUCAGGUAGCUCUGAAAGGACUGAGGAUGUGAGUCAGUCUGAGAACUCCACAUCUAGAACAGGAAAGGAGGAUGCAAAUGAAGGAGAGAGAAGGGACACUGAGAUGAGUGAGACAGAGAUGGAGACGACCAGGGAUGGAGUGCAGGCUGCGGACCAACAAGAGCCGUCGCCUGAACAGAGCUUCAGCAACUACGACGAGCCCCCAAUGCCGUUUGAUGAACCGUCCAUGGCCUACGACGACCCUCCAAUGGCCUUUGAUGAACACCUGCUGGUCAGUCCCAACAACCAACCAGAUGCCUACGAUGAUGAACCACCAAUGGUGUGCGACGUCCACCCGGUCGCUCAUGACAACGACUGCGACGACGACAAUGACCUGCCUGGGUGCUAUGACGAACCCCCGAUGGCCUUCGAUGACUCGUGGGGCCUUGGGAUUGGGGACUGCGGUGGGAGCAGUAGUCUGCAGAACCCUCGUUUCAGCCUGCGCCUGGAGAGCAGCGGCGACGCCAGCCUCAGCCUCAACCAGGCAUCGGCUUCAGCUGCUUUACCGCCAUCUCAAGAGCCCCAGCCCAGUACCAGCACCAGCGUCCUGGACCCCAGGCUGUGGGACAGCUGGGCUGAGGAUGAGCAGGCGGAGGGGGAAAAGGAGGAGGCUCUUCCCCUUGCUCAGAGGAUGAGUGGGGUUGCCCCAGCGAAGAGAGUUGCCCAGCUGAGGACUCCUGUGGCAUCGAAGACGUCAGGUCCACUGGUGCCCAUCACUCCUUUGCCCCAUUACUCAGCCAUGAAGACACCAGCACUCAGGAAAAAACUCGAGAGUUUUGGUGUGCGUGCCCUCCCCAAGCCGCAGAUGGUGAUGAAGCUGAAGGAGAUCUACCACUACACCCAUCAGCUGGAGUCCUCAGACGAGGAAGAGCAACAGGCCCAGGCUUCCAAAAAGGCUCCACCACACUCCUCCAGGCCUGGACCCCGGCCUGCCACCUCUCCUCCUCCUCCUCCUCCUCCUCCCGGCCGCUCUUCCUGCACCAAGUCCCUGAGCUUCAAGGAGCCCAGAGCGCCCCCUACCGUCUCCCCCAGGAAACUGCAGCUCAGCCAGGACGAGGACGAGGAGGAGGACCAGGAGCCCUUGUCCCUGUCACAGAGCUCCACCACGUCCUCCAUGUCUGAGAGGUCCAACCCUGAGCUCCCUGCGGGUGACGACUCGUCUUCAGACAGUGACUGCGCCAUAACGGCGUCUCAGGCGCUGACCCUCAAGGCUGACAAGCUGGAGGCGGCACGCCGCUUCAUCCUGUCCGACCCGGAGCUGUACAGCCAGGUGUUGCAGUACAAGCCCCUGAUGCUGGUUGACGUGCACCGGAGACUGAAGGAGGCUGGCAUCAGGCUGGGGAAAACCAGGCUGCUGGACCUCCUCGACAGCCAGUGCGUCUCCGUCAGCACAAACAAUCCAGUGCUGAGGGACUCACGCGGGAGGAGGGGAAGGAGGAAGAAGAAGACCGCGGUUGGGGCUAAGAGGAGAGCAGCGGGGACCGCUGCAGCUGGAGCUGGGGAUGGGGCUGGGGGAGGUGAAGGGCGAGGUCGUGGAAGGGGAAGGGGGAGAGGGAGAGGCACGAGGAAGAGGGGUGGAGCGACCCAAGCUGCAAAUUCAGCCCCCGUUUUCUCAGGAGUUUGAAAAGAGGACGUCGGUCUGUGCAACACCCGUCUAUCACCAUCACCUCCUUCGCCCACGGCCAGGACACAAGUCCCCCUCCAUGCAGGAGGAAGAAGCCAGCGGUGCGGGGCCCAAGGAGGCAGCCAGGGGUGGUGCUGAAGGGGAUAGCAGUCGUGGGUGGGGGUGAGGAGUGAGCAAACAAGCUAAGCGGUCCAGGGUGCAAAUUGAGCCUCUUUGAAGUUUGAGGAGAGGAUUUCAGAGCAUCAACCUCACCAUGGCUAACCCCGGACAGAAGGUCCCCCCCCUCGCUGGAGGAAGAUGUCACCGUGAUCCAAGGUGCAAAUUGAGCCCCAUAGGAUAGGCGUUUAAAAAGAUGGAACUCGCAAAAAAUCGAAUCCAUUUGCCCAAGGGGUGGAUGGAAAUUGCAUCACCUCAGCCAAGUUGAGUCAGAAGGUCCCCUCAUGCAGGAGGGAAGACAGCGAUGGCAGUGACCAAGGGUGAGGGAGGCUGUUUGAGGAGCAGAUGGAGCUUGAGGACAGGGGACCAGUGCCAUGCAGAGGAAUAUGUUCAGAGUGUUGAUGAUGAAUUCAGCAAGUUGUUACAUGCCAUGGCACUGCUGUCCAGUGUUCACACUUUCAUUUGAAGAAGCUACCUGAUCGUGGUCCAAAGGGGAACAAAACUGUGCGUUUAUCUGACUCCAUUGAGGGGACCAUUUUGAUUUUUUGCUGCACAUAUUUGUUGUUUUUAUAUUCCGUUUGUACACUAAUCGUCUUUCCUAUGUGAAUAUUUAUUUAAUUGAAUAAGUUGUGCAAAACUUUUCAGUGAGAAUAAUGAAAUUAAAAAGAGAGCCUGCUUUUUUAAA